AUGGCUAUAUCUGAUAGGGAUCAGGAGAAGGGUUUUGAUGAGCGCUCUGAGAUGAAGGGAGGUGUCAUUAAUGACUAUCAUGAUGCUGCUGGUCACGGUCACAUUGCUACCGACGCCUACGGCAACUCUCUUGUCCAGUUCGAUCCAGCUGCUGAGCGUCGACUACGAUGGAAACUCGACUUGUACACCGUCCCAACCGUCGCGGUUCUCUAUCUCUUCUGCUUCAUCGAUCGCGCCAAUAUCGGUAAUGCCCGCAUUGCUGGAUUGACAGAGGACCUCAACCUCCAAGGCUACGACUACAACAAGAUUCUCUCCGUCUUCUACAUCUCAUACAUCAUCUUCGAGAUUCCCGCUACCGUUUGCUGUAAAUGGAUGGGUCCCGGCUGGUUCCUCCCUGCUACCUCUCUCGCCUUCGGCAUCGUCAGUGUCGCUACCGCCUUCGUCCACAGCCAAGCCGCUAUUUGCGGUGUUCGUUUCCUUCUUGGUAUCUUUGAGGCUGGUAUGCUUCCCGGAAUCGCAUACUAUCUCUCCCGUUGGUAUAAGCGCUCUGAGUUGACUUUCCGUCUGUCUCUCUACAUGGUCAUGGCUCCUCUUGCUGGUGCCUUCGGUGGUCUCUUGGCCAGUGCUAUUCUCAAGCUCCCUCACUUCGGUAGCCUUCACCACUGGCGAAUGAUCUUCGCUAUCGAGGGUAUCAUCACCAUCGGUCUCAGUCUCCUCGCUUUCAUCACCCUCACCGAUCGACCCGAGACUGCUCGAUGGCUCACUCAGGAGGAGAAGGAUCUUUGCAUCGCCCGUGUCAAGUCCGAGCGUCUUGCUCAAACCGAAGUCAUUGACGGUAUCGAUCGAGUCAAGCUCUGGCGCGGUAUCUCCAACCCCGUCACUCUUCAGAUCGCCUUCAUCUUCCUCUUCAACAACAUCACCGUCCAGGGUCUUGCUUUCUUCCUCCCUACCAUCGUCGGAGCCAUCUAUCCCGAGUACAGCACCGUUCAGAAGCAGCUUCACAGUGUUCCUCCUUAUGCCGUUGGAGCUGUCUUUGCUGUUGCCUUCCCUGCUCUCAGUUGGUAUCUCGACAGGCGACAGAUCUUCAUCAUCCUCUCCGCUCCCACCGUUAUCAUCGGUUACGCCAUGUUCCUGGCCUCUGAGACUCCCAGUGUUCGAUAUGGUGCUUGUUUCCUGAUUGCCAGUACCUGUAUGGUCUUGGGUACCAUGACCAACGCCCACAUCAGCGCCAACGUCGUCAGUGAUACUGCACGAAGCAGUGCCAUCGGCAUGAACGUCAUGUUUGGCAACAUUGGUGGUCUCAUCGCAACCUGGUCCUACCUCGUCAAGGACGCCCCCAACUUUCCCAUCGGAAAUGGCCUCAACUGUGCCACUGGUAGCAUGAUUUUCAUUCUCAGCAUUUCUGGUUACUUCUGGAUGAAGUGGGACAACAAUCGGCGCGACAAGAAGAACGUCGAGCAGGAGCUUGCAGGCUUGUCACCCGAGGAGGUUGCAAACUUGGACUGGAAGCACCCUGGCCACAGAUGGCGAUUCUAA